CAUCAACUCCCACACCUCUCCGUCUCCAUCUCGCCUCGUCUUCCUCCUAAAUCCCCCAACCCACGCACAGCCACGGAGCUCCGCAUCGACAGCACGUAAUUUAAAGCACCUCUGGCCUCUUCCCAGCGCCCGAUCUCCUCCCCGCGCGCGCCUAGGUUAGUGUUUGGAGCCCCCUCCUCCCGUCGUCCUCCUGCCGCAGCCGCAUCUGCUCGCCAUGAGGGUCCACCCGGCCCCGCGGAAGCGCACCAUCGCCGUGCAGCGCUGCGCCGCGGCCGCCCUAAGCGCAGCGGGCGGCGCCAAGAAGCUGCGGCGCCUCUCGCACAUCUUCGCGAAGGUGCUCGAGCUCCCUUUCGCCGCCGACGCCGACGUCGCCGUCGAGGAGGACGCAGCGGAGCUCCGCUUCGUCGCCGCCACGGAAGGCUUCUCCCCAGGCGGCGCCUGCGCCCACGCCCUCGAGAUCCACCCUGGCGUCACCAAGGUCGUCGUACGGGACCUGUCCACCGGCAUCGGCGCCGAUGACCGCACCGCUACCUUCGAGCUCGAUCGGUGGCGGUUCCGUCUCCCGCCUUGCACGCGCCCCACCAUGGCCACAGCAACCUACGCCGAGGGCGAGCUCAUCGUCACCGUGCCCAAGGGUGCCGUUCCUGACGAGGGCGAUGGCAACGCUGACGGAGCCGCCAUCCUAGGAGGCUCCGGGGCCGAGAGGGUCCUCGUGUUUGUACAGUAACUUUAUGCCGUAACACCACUUUUGCUCACCCGCAUCGUUUUUAAUAUUUAUGUUGCGAGAUAAUCAUAUAUUCAUAUGGUAACAACAGUGCAGUAAGAAUAAGAAAUGAUGUAUAUGGAUCACUGUUUGCUGUGAAUUAUGCCUAGUGACAUCUAAUCUGCUCGUGUAAUUCUAGUUAUUUCGUUGUGGGGCACAAAUAGUUAGUUUUGAUGCCGGCAUAUGUAGUAGAGAUGAUGAGUCGAGUAAUCAAGCAUGAGCAUCCCGUCUCGUGUACUCUUAGCCUGAUUAGAUAUGUAAACAUUUUAAUAUGAGAUGGUUAUAUCUGAGCCAGCCUAUCUGGUUUGUUGAGAAAUGCCAUGUGUUGAUGAGGUGUUGAGAAUCUAUUCUUGAAUUAUUAGGGUUCUCUAGGUAUGCCAAUGGUUCCAGAUAGUGGUAGGGUCUGUUGCUGAUUGUAGUUUGCGUGUACCUUUGAAAUUUGGUGGUUUCCAUUUUACCUUUAAAAUUUGGUGGUUUCCAUUUACCUUUUUGACAGACAGACUACUGUGAUUUAGUAUCAUCUGGCUGGAGCUGUUGAGCAAUUAUGAAAUCUUGUGGCACUCAAAGACUGGCUACUGUGAUCGAGUAUCAUCUAGCAAAGCUAUUGAGCAAUUCUAUAACCUUGGGGCACUUGUGGUUCAUAGAUAUUUUGAUUAUGCUGUGUUAAAUCAGUGGAAAUGGUUGUGUCGCAUUCAGGGGUUAAGAGGCAAUGCUUUAAUUAAGUUUUCAUAUGUCUUGUGUUUUUCUCUGUAUCUUAAGCUGGCCUCAAUCCAUGUAUGUGUCGUUUACAAAAUGCCAGGUUGGUGAGAGGCCUAUCAAUCAAUCGCCAAUCCCUUCAAAGGCCCCAUCCAGUUUGUUGUGCAUAUGUAACAGUACGAACUUGCUUGUUUUUCAUACAAAGUGCUAUAAUUGCACAUAUAUACAGUCUUGGAUUUUCUGUUCUCAGUUUUAUUCUAGUUGAUGUGUCUAGUCCCUUUUGAUUUCAUCUUUGUUUUCAAAGAUGCUCGAUUUGCUUAUCAAACUAGCAAACUGCUAGUGGGGUGUUACCAUCGACUGAAUAUGGCACCCGGAUUCUUUUCCUCCAAAAACUUGAGCAUGUACUACCCUAUGUAACUUUAUACAAGACGUUUUUUAGUCUAUGACAAUGUAAAAAAACAUUGUAUAUUAAGUUACGAAGAGAAUAUAUGACUACUUGAGAA